UCACAACAACGAGUGGAGCGCCGGGUGGCUAAAGCACAGCAAGUUGGCACAGUAGGGGGGCACAGGUGGUGCAUCAGCCAGUCAUCUCGGUCAUCUCGGUCAGUCGACCCGUGGCACCUGCUGGGUCUGCCCCGUGACCUCCUGCCAGCGGGCGUUCGACACUUCACGUGGUAGCCUCAAGGUGCACUUGGCCUGGCACAAGCGUCGUGGUGACGUCACCGCGUGUGUCCGCGCGUGUGUGUGCACACGUGGUGCUGGCCACCCACCCCCUCGUGGGCCACCGUGUGGCGGCUCUGCUCACGAACAGCCCAAGGCCGUAGCCAUGGAGCCAACGUUGGGGGGGAACAAAUCUUCCAAAUCAAAAUUUGAAAACGAAUUUCCUACCAUUUCCUGCCUAAAAUAUUUAAAAAUUCACUAACACAUGGGAUGGAGUUUUUAUUUAUUUUUUACAAUGUCUAAUAGUGUAUUGUAUAACAUUGCUUUGUUUAUUUCUUUUUUUUAGCCUUUCUUGUUUCAUUGUAUGCAAUGGCAGAGAUUAGGGAUUAAUAAAGUACAACCAUAACCAGAAUCAUAUAAACAAAUUAUUUUAUAGAAAUAUAUUGGGGGGGACAUUUUGAGCAUAUUUGAAUAUUGGGGGGGUGGGGCGUUUCCCCCCCAAUAUCUCCAUAUAUAGAAAAGGCAAAGUAGUGAAUGUGUGUGUGUUCUAAAUGUUUAGCGUACUUCUCGACAUGCAACAAACUGGAAAUUUUCCAUGUGGGUACUUUAAAGACUGUACACCAUGAAAACAUUAUAAAAACACACUUUUGUUUUUUUUUGGGGGGGGAGCUCAAUAAUGCAUCUAUUUUUUGCACGGCAAGUGAGCUGUGACGUCACAUCUGUCACGUGACCCGCGCACGUGGAAGCGUAACGCGUUGUAGUGUAGCGGGUAGCGCUACGCUGCGCUACGAACCUGGCGACCCGAGUUGGAUUCCCGCUCACGGCCACCACCGGUGACGAUUAUUUCAACCGCUCCUGGGCCUCUCCUAGGUCGACUUAGCCUCAAACGAGUAACUGGUGUGUGAAUAUCGCCACUGGGGAGACAAAGGCGGCCGGGCGUGGUGAAUCCAAGUCCCAGGCGAAGCCGGGUAGUAAAGAUAGUGUACUAUAAUUACGGCUUUGGAACAGCCCUUGCCCCAGCAGCCUGUUCGAUACUGUACCGGGGAUCUUUGACUUUGUGCCCUCGAUAAAGAUUGCAGUGGUUUACUGUAAAAUGUGGUCCAUAGUCUAACAUUGCCGACAGACUACCAUUGCCAACAGACGAACAUUGCACAAAGAAUAGCAUUGCCCAUCGACUAACAUUGCACAUAAACUAACAUUGCACAGACUAACCCAUAGCCGAACACUGCCCAUCGACUAACAUUGCAAUAGACUAACCCAUAGCUGAACACUGCCCUUCGACUAACAUUGCACUUUGACCAACAUUGCCCAUAGACCAACAUUGCCCAUCGCUGAACAUUGCACAGACUAAUAUUGCUCAUCAACUAACAUUGCACGUCGACUAACAUUGCCUAUCAGGCCUGAAUGGCUGAGUGCUUGAACGGGUGACAGCGUUGAAGCCGCUGCUUGAAUGUGGAUGAUGGUGCCUGGCUGCUGCUGCUGCAGGUGCAGCGGUGAUUGAGAGAUUUCCAGGCGGCUGCUGCCGGUGAAGCCGCGCUCUGGCUACGGCGCUUGGCGCUCAUCAGACGAACUCCGUAGGUCGCGUUGCCGUUUUUUUUUGCCGCGAUCGCCGCUCACCCCGGCGUCUUCCGGCUCCCCGCAUGCCGCGUGGCCGUCUGGUUUGUGUCGCGGAUCCUCUGGCUGACGCGGAUCGGCCUCGCCGAGCACGACCGCGGCAAAACCAUCUACCCCGGCGACCUGGACGACCCGCGGGCGCUGCUCUUCCUGCGGCACCUCGAGAUGUCCUUCGAGCCCGCCUUCUGGCGGCAGAUGACCUUCGCCGAGCGGACGGGCUUCCGGGUCUCGUUGUCCGUCGCCCACCAGGGACGGACCUCCUGGGUGAUCCGCGGGCACCUGGAGGCGGGCCUCCACCCGGCGCCGCUCAUGGCGUUCGUCAGUCAGAUGGUCUAUGUGGACGCGGAGAGCAGGCGCCCGGCGCCGCUGCCCGACUGGUUCCGCGAGACGCACCGGCACCUGGGGGGCUCGCCCGCUCCCGGCCUCCCGCGGCCGUACGGGGCCGGCGGCGCCGGGAGGCCGGCGAACCCGUUCCGCUACGAAGUGACGCCGGGUGCUAGCAGCCUGGACGCGAGCCGGCACGUCCACCAGGGCGAGCACGUGCGCUUCUGCGCCGAUGCGCUGGCCGCCGGGCUGGCCGCGGCGGAGGAGGGCGGCCACGGCAGUGGAGGCGUAGGGGAGGGCGCGUGGAGCACGGCGCGGCUGGAGAAGCUGUCGGUGACCUUCGCGGGGGAGGCGUUCGCCGGAGACUCGCUGCUCGUCGAGUCGUGGGUGGAGGCCGAGCGGCCGCGCUCCGUUCUCUUCGAGGUGUCCAAGCGAGGGAGGCCGCUCGUGCACAGCGCGUGGACGUUUGGCGACGGCGGCCCGCGGGCCUCGCGUGCCAAGCUGUGAAAAGUUUUUGUUGCAAUCUCCCCAGACGGUUGGGCAGCGUUCGCGACCCGGGUGGGUGGCUCGUUCUCCGUCCAUCGUAGAGGGUCCACGCUUUGUAAUGUGAUACGCGACGUCAACGCACAAUGUCCGCUCACUCUCGCAGAGAGAGAGAGAGGGGACGACUCAGGUGCCAGGAGGAAGAACUGCAGACGAACGGUUAAGUGGCAGCAGCAGCAGCAGCGGCCACUCUAUUAAACACUUUUUUUAUUUUACCAGGUAAAGCCCCACUGAGCUGUAUAGCUAAUUUUCAGAAGUGACCUGACCGCAUAUGAUAGCUCAACAAAGUAGCCGAUCACAUGGAAUUCUUUUGGAGCCGACGAAUCUAAACGCAUGUUUCUAAAUGUGGAGCGAAAAACCAGAGGGCCUGGCUAAAAAUACACACGACCACGGGGAGAACAUGCAAACUCCAAAUAUACAGCAGCAGCCGUCAGGGUCAGGAUCAAACCCAGAGCCUCCUGUAUACCAGGCGAGCUAGUUAACAUCUCGCCACCAUGGCGCCCACUCGGUCAGGAGCCGGCACCAAAUUCCCCUAUGAGAUCUGCACUGUAGUCCGUUGGCCGCCCUGGUAAAUACUGUGCGAAGCCUACUUCACAGAUGUUAUUGUGAGUUCCACAAUAACAUCUGUGCAUGAUCCACCCACCCCGGUUGCUGCCUCCACAGCGCUGGACCACUACAGGCAGCGACUUGCAGCAUCGUAGGCAGGAGGCCCACAGCCCGGCAUGACGGAUUUUAGUUUCGGCUUUUUUACAAUUAUGAUUUCUACGCUGACUUCGUGCGACUCGCCCUGGUGAUGCUUGAUGCGGUUGCAAGCGAAACGUCGUGUCUGUGUAGUUGAUGAAGUCUGCGGUGAGGAUUUUGUCUUUCAACUCACCGGCGACCUUUCCGCCGAACAUUUUGCCAGAUUUUCAGGUUGGCCAAACCCCCCCCAAAAAUAUAAAUUACGGAUCAGAUGUGGAACGACAGAAUAAUGCCGCGGGCAAAGUCUCCUUCGCAUAUCCGUCAUAUUGAAGAAGAUGGAUUGUCUGCUUGUAUGUUGUUAUUUACUGUCUCUGCAAUGACACUGGUGACUACAGUAGAACCUCUGGUCACGAACGCUUCUGACCACGACCAAAUCGGGUUCCGACCAAAAAAUGCACAACAUUUUUUUAUCUGGUCACGAACACAUUCUCGGGUGGCGAUCAAAUACGGCCGCGGCCGAUUUCCCCUUCCGCGCCAUUUUUUUUUGUUGAAUUACACAAAGCGUAACAGUUAUGUAUGUAACUAUUGUUAUAUAAAAUUCCUAGUAAGAUAUUAAUUUUGUGAGUGUAGUCAUACCCCUCCCCCCUCAUUCAAGCCAUAAUAUAGAGAGCGAAAGCGCUGAGUACGUAAAUCGCUAAUAUAAGAACCCGUUAAUAUCUUCUCGCUUCAUUCAUACGAUGAUGCGGUGAAGUAAACGUUCAUACGAUAUUACGGCGAAUGCUUCCAAAAACAAUACUGUACCCAAAUAUUACUGUUAACUUACUUUCAAUAGAAAUAUUAAUUGCUCAUACGAAUAUUCUCUCUCUCUCAAUGUCGACCGACUGAUGUAGCAGACGAAACAAUAAUCUUGUUGAACGAUUCUAAACCUUGACGCGGCAAUGUUAGUUUUCUGUUGUUCAAGGUUUUCUCAGUGUUAUUCAAUGUUUUUGCAUUUAGUUUACUAUUACACUGUGCAUUCUAUGGCAUAAUUAACUAUUUUGUGCUUAAAAAAUCUUUAAAAAACAAUAUUUAUAUACAGUUCGUAGGAGCCUGGAACGGAUUAAUCGUAUUUACAUACAAUCCAAUGGGGAAAUUAGGUUGGAGUCACGACCAAAUCGGGUUGCGACCAAAGUUAUGGAACGAAUUAUGGUCGUGACCAGAGGUUCUACUGUAUUUUGAGAUGUGCAAUAUGUUAAUUUUCUGAUGACGCCUGCUUCAUUUUGCAACC